CAGAGAUUUCGACGUAAGAUGAAUCUGGGCGAGUCAGUACUGGAAGUGAACAGCAUUUUUGGCUGCAAGAACUAGCUCUACACAACGCGACACUGAGAACAUUUCCUGCCCUGAUGCAUGGUGGUCGGACGGAGGGAUUGUUGGAAAAUUCCGGAGGGAAACCAUGUUGUUGGCUCAAAUUAACCAUGACUCUCAGAGUGUGGUGGACUUCCAGAAUGAAGGAGGAGAGGGUCAGCAUGUCACACUUUGUUUGGCAACAGAUGGCGAUCCGGUGGACAGUAUGGAUACAGUUAGUUUGCAGGCUGUGACACUGGCUGAUGGGUCCACAGCAUACAUUCAGCACAACCCCAAAGUUUCUGUUUCAGAAGGGAAGUUAGUGGAUGGUCAAGUUAUUCAGCUGGAAGAUGGAUCUGCUGCUUAUGUUCAACAUGUUUCCAUGCCAAAAGCAGAGGAAACGGGGCCGUGGACCGGCUCACCUUUGUGUGACGUUGUAGGAGGUGACAGUCUGCGACUGGAGGAUGGUCAGGCUGUGCAGCUAGAGGAUGGGACAACUGCUUACAUUCACCACGCUCCCAAAGAGUCGUAUGAUCAGGGUGCCCUGCAGGCUGUACAGCUGGAAGAUGGCACCACUGCGUACAUUCAGCAUGCUGUGCAGGUACCCCAGUCCAGCACCAUCCUAGCCAUCCAGGCUGAUGGCACUGUGUCAAACCUGCAUGCCGAGGGUGCCAUCGACUCUGAAACCAUCAGCGUUCUGGAACAUUACACCGCCAAGGUGGAGACUACUCCAUGUGUCACAGCCUCAGGGUUGCUUGGCGGCAAUGGAUCGGAUGGUGGUGUACAGAUGCAGAUCGUUCUCCAGGAUCACGGGGCCAGCAACAGUGUGGUCAAGGUCCCGUCCACAGAAGAGAAGUCAUUUCGUUGUGAAUACAGUGGGUGUGGGAAGCUCUACACCACAGCCCACCAUCUGAAAGUACAUGAAAGAUCCCACACAGGAGAUCGACCAUACUUGUGUGAGCACCCAGGUUGUGGCAAAAAGUUUGCCACAGGAUACGGCUUAAAGAGCCAUACAAGGACACACACUGGUGAGAAGCCGUAUCGUUGUCAGGAGCUCAACUGUCGUAAGUCAUUCAAGACAUCAGGAGACCUUCAGAAGCACAUCAGAACGCACACAGGAGAAAGGCCAUUCAAGUGUCCGUUUGAGGGCUGCGAGCGCUCCUUCACCACCUCCAACAUACGCAAGGUGCACAUUCGUACCCACACAGGCGAGCGGCCCUACUACUGCUCGGAGCCGGGCUGCGGACGGGCCUUUGCCAGUGCCACCAACUACAAGAACCAUAUGAGGAUUCACACAGGGGAGAAGCCAUACGUGUGUGCAGUGCCAGGCUGCGAGAAGCGCUUCACUGAGUACUCCAGCCUGUAUAAGCACCACGUCGUCCACACACCCUGCAAGCCAUACGUCUGCAACCACUGUGGCAAGACGUACAAGCAGAUUUCAACACUGGCCAUGCACAAGCGCACCGCACACGAUGACACGGAGCCCAUUGAGGAAGAGCAGGAGGCCUACUUCGAGCCCCCUGCAGCCAUCGAUGACCCUGGAAUGAGCUAUGUUUCAGAGAAAGAGGGAGAUUCUGGUUCGGAACAGGUGUCUUCUGAAACAGCGGAGGUCAUUGAACAUCAACACAUGGCUCUCAUUACACAAGAUGGAACUCAACAGGUCAGUAUAUCUCAGGCCGAUGUGCAGGCAAUAGGAAGCACAAUCACCAUGGUUACACAGGACGGCACAACCAUCACUGUACCAACCCAUGAGGCAGUGCUCUCUUCGGGGGUAGCAAAUGCAGUGAGCAUGGUAGCAGCUGAUGGCUCAGAUGAACAUGUAACCAUUGUGACCCCAGAUUUAGCCACAUUCCAUACCACUCAAGCGGCGAUGGACCAGGAACAUGAGCAUCACUUGGUGACGACCAACCCUCACCCUGUCACGCUAUUGGCCACCUCCAAUGGUACCCAGAUUGCAGUUCAGCUCAGUGAACAGUCAUCACUGGAAGAAGCAAUUCGAAUAGCCUCAAGAAUACAACACGGAGAGACUCCAGGCCUGGAAGAAUAACACAUCCGCUUACUGGCUUCUACAGUGUUCAGGGAAAAAUUUGCUGAAAAUUUGUUUCUUGCAUGUUCAACAAGGGCUCUUGCAAUUUGCUUAUAGGUGAUUGUCUUGAUUUUUGUAAAUAUUUUAAAUAUCCAUGUGGUACAUCAUUCCACCUCAGCUGAAACAUAUUUGUGAAAUUUGAAGCACUGAUGAGAAGUCCUAAUCAAUUUGAACUCCAAAUUUUAUAAUUUUUGUCAAAUAUAUACUUAUGUCAAUAUGCUGUUAGUGCUUCUACUCUGUAUAUUUGACCUUUGAUAAUGUAGGAAUAAGGAAGGAGCUUUGUUGGAAACUAUUAAAGCAAUACUCUCCUGGC